UAAGUUGACGCAUAAUUUUUUUAUAUAUCGAAAGAUUUAUUCACACAAUCAAUAAUUUGUAAUAUAUUAAUAAAUACAUUGACGAAAGGAUUCAAUCAGAGUUACAAGCAGGUGCAUCUACUGAUAAUGGCCGAAACCGAAGAAACUUUGUCAAAGGAAGAUGAAGGUUGCGUUGAUGAUAUGAGUGAAGAGGGUGUAUCCGAAGAUAUUGAUGAAGAAAUCGCAGAUAUGCUAGAUAAGUUUCCAGGUAAAGACAAUGAAGGUGAUAUUUUCGAUGAUAAAGUACAAAAUAAGGAUCAGAGUUACAAGCAGGUGCAUCUACUGAUAAUGGCCGAAACCGAAGAAACUUUGUCAAAGGAAGAUGAAGGUUGCGUUGAUGAUAUGAGUGAAGAGGGUGUAUCCGAAGAUAUUGAUGAAGAAAUCGCAGAUAUGCUAGAUAAGUUUCCAGGUAAAGACAAUGAAGGUGAUAUUUUCGAUGAUAAAGUACAAAAUAAGGAUCAGAGUAAAUUUAGUUAACAUAAA